AGCUGCUAAAGGUACCGAAUCCAAAACAAGCUAAUCUAUAUAGCAGUCGUCGAAAAUCGGAUUGCGAUUUUUAUUAUUCAUGUUCACCAAUGACCCGUGCGGAAUGGGCUUUUAAUUGGAACCAUAACGUAUUAUCUGCUGCUGUGAAUGGGUGACAAAUUAUCUCCCUCCAAGUGGAUUCAGUAUAAAUGGUGUGCUGCCAUUUUUCCACGGUUUCAGUUCGCUCGGAACGAUCGUUCGGAUUGUGACAGAAUAUUUUGUAUGCGAUUAGUGAAGCACUUCGACAACAAUAGCUUCAAUCGAACGCGUCAACAGUAGUAGAACUAUGGAAUUUACCCGUCCGUUCAGUAGGAUGCUUCGUUCGAGCAGGAUAACCGCCUGAUCAGAGGCAACCAUAACAGUAGUGCGGGUCGUUGGCACGUGCGUCUUGGAAUAAUACCGCAGUCAUAUUCGGCUUGUGCUACAGUGGCGUUCGGUUGAUAAUAGCAGUAGAUCGUGACGAGUCGAUCGUGUGUUAGCGGAUUUGUGUUUUUUUUUUUCGUAAAGUGGAGUUUUGAAGGAGAACAACAAAACAACAACAACGAAAUCAGAAUGAAUCACAUUGCGGAAAAGGGAACUGCGCUCCAUCAGCCGAAUGAUGCUGCCAUUAUGGAGAGUAUGUUGCGGACGCGAUUCGAGCACGCGAAGAACCAGAAAAAGGAUUACUCGCAUCUGUUCAGACCCAAAACUCGCUUGGAGAUACUAUGGCUAACGUUGUACCAGCUGGGUGUGGAGUUCUGCUAUGCGGUUGAAACUGCGUACGUCACUCCACUGUUGCUGAGCAAUGGGCUCAGCUAUACCGUAAUGACCAUGGGUUGGGCUUUUGCUCCGGUUUUGGGAUUUUUUUGUGCCCCCAUGAUAGCGUCCUUCAGCGAUCAGAUUCGAGCUUUUUGGGGUCGUCGGAGACCGAUUCUGCUGACGCUGGGUGCUGCGUGUAUAACCGGGCUAUUGAUUCUGCCGCAUGGCAAGGAUAUCGGAAUACUACUGGGGGAUCCAGACGUGCCAGUGGAAUUGAUGACCGGCUUUCGGUGGGGUGUUCUGAUCACCGUUAUCGGAUUGGUACUGACGGAUUUUGAUGUCGAGACUAGCAGCGGAGUAGGACGGACUUAUUUCAUGGAUGUGUGCAUUUUAGAGGAUCACACCCGAGUUCUUACCACGGCAAUGAUUAUUGGUGGCAUCGGUGGAACUGGUGGGUACAUGCUGGGUGCAAUCAAUUGGGUACAAACGGAUUUUGGAUCCCUGAUGGGAAGCAAUGAGGCAACGGUUUUCUCAAUUGUUGUUAUUGUCAUGGUCGUUGGUUUGAUUGCAUCGCUGUCUAGCUUCCGAGAAGUUUCGCUACCUGAACUGGAAGCAGAUGAAAUGCUACGUCCAAUCACACAGACUAUGUUCGAGGCUGAGAAGCGACGGCAGCUAACCAUCUACAACAUUUCCAGUUCUGUCAAAGACCCCAACAAGUUGGAAAUAGUCCCCCUUACCAUUGAAGAAGAAGAAGACCCGCAACUAACUUUUUCCAACUUCAUCAAAAAUAUCUGUCACAUGCCUCGGUCAUUAGUGAUUAUUUACAUCACUCAAUGGUUCUCUCAAUUAGGCUAUCUCAGCUAUUGUCUGUAUUUCACGGAUUUCGUAGGCACUGCCGUCUACGGGGGUGAUGUUGCUGCGCCAGUAGGCUCACCAGAACUCAACUUAUACGAAGAAGGCGUGAGAUUCGGUUGCUGGGGAAUGGCCAUCUUCACCGCUUCUGCUGCUCUCUAUUCAGUGUUCAUAGAGAAGAUCAUCAAAUGUUUCAGUGCACGGCCGGUCUACAUCGGUGGUCUGUUAACGUAUAGCCUCGGAAUGCUGUUGAUGGCUCUGUUCAACGAGAAGUGGAUGGUAUUCGUGAGCUGUUCCACCGUAGGAAUCAUGUACGCCACCAUCUACUCGAUUCCGUUUCUGUUGAUCUCACAAUACCACGCGAAAAACUCGUUUGCCAUGAAGGAUGGAAUGUACGUAGAAUCGAGCCAGCGGCGGGGGUUCGGAGCGGACGUAUCUAUAAUGAGUAGUAUGCUGUUUUUGGCACAGCUUAUAAUAGCCCUUGCCAUCGGUAGCGUCAUUGAUGCAUUCGGUACGACAACGGUCGUGAUCUAUUCGGCGAGCUUAUUCUCAUUUCUCGCCGCGAUUGCUGCAAGCCAAGUACUUUACAUGGAGCUUUAAUCGAUAGGCUGUAUCCCGAAACCGGUACAACACAAAGGAGGUCAAAAAUGAAGGAUGAACCGGAGAAUGAGAAAACGAAACACAAAGACCGAGUCCACGCGAUGAUUAACAAAUAAGCAAAAAUUAAGUAUUGAAUUCUAGUACAAGAAAAUCGAAAGAAACAUUCGUUGUUUGAAUGAGAAGAAUACAGUGAAAUUUUUAUAGGGGAUAUUUUCUUCUGAUGCCAAUGCCGCCUGAGCAUAUGAUGUUCAAUUCAUGGAAAUACUUUUAGUGAUAUUUGUGUAACGAAAUGACAGUACAGUAGGAUGUUAAAUUAGGCUAAAAAAAAUCGUUUCUAGGAUUUAGUUUAUAUUCUAGUACGUUUUAGACUAAGAAAAGGAUUCCAUUUGCUGUAACUUAGAAGUGUUUGAAGCAGUAGUUCUCCUCUUUAUAUAAAUAUCAUUCUAAAUCUUUGUAAAUAUUCAUAAGAAAUUCCGAAGCGGUUUUGUGUAUAAAGUAGCUUUUCACUUAGUGUGUGUAGGGUAAAUUUCAGUAACUAAAUAUGAAAUACAUUAUUUAUUUGCUAGAAUAA